GUUUUCUUCGAUUUUGACUGUGUCUAAAAGAGAUGACAGGACCUCCCCCAGAGGCCAAAUCCCACAGCACUUUGAGGGUGUGAUUGUUCAAGUCAAGUACUUCAUAAUGCAGAAUUCUUUAUCAGUUCCACCAAAAGAUCGAGGAGAUGUUUCCAGGCUUAGCAGUGCUGUGGAGAAAGAGCUGACUCAGAAAAUGUCAGAAUCUCCCCGAAAGACAACUUGCACAGGUGAAUCAAACAUCCCUUCUGGAAUACUUCAGAGUGGGAAAGGUUUGCAGAAUAAGAGUCAAUUUAGGAGCAUUGCACCCAAAAUCGUACCCAAGGUCCUACCGUCCAGAGUACUUCCAUGUCAUUCACCAUCUCUCUCCGAUCGGGGGAAUCCAGGACCCCCCAUCACCUCCAAGCCUCUGGGGAUUCCCCCCCAGAAUUACGCUCUAAUGCAGGUGGCUGGCCAGGAAGGGACCUUUUCUCUCGUCGCAUUGCCUCAGGUUGCCUCUGCUCAGCCCAUCCAAAAACCCAGAAUGCCCCCACCUGAAAACCUCAAAUUGCCUAUCCCUCGAUACCAACCCCCCCGAAACAACAGAGUCACAAAAAACAAAGCAGUUCUGAGCCCUUCAGAGAGCAUCAAACAGCCUCCCCAAAUCCAGACUUCCCCUUCCUCACCUGACCAGCAGGAACCCCCACAAAAACCUUGUUCUACAGAGCAAGUGCCAACUGUUGCCCAAGCCCCAGCUGGUGUGAGCCCCAGAGACCCUCAGUUGCCAGUGUCCAGCAAGCAAGAAGCACCAAACUCUUCCAACCCCACGUUGUCCACCUCUCCGGAGCUCUCCACCAAGCAAUGCCCAACAAAGACAUCCAGGAAGGAGACUUCAGUGAGCAAAAAGGCAUCCAAUAAACCAACCAGUGAGAAACUUAAAGAACAAAUUGAUCUUGCCAAAGCCAUGACUGUGUUAUCACCACCUAUUUUGGGUAGCACAGUUCAGCUGAUCACGUCCAUCCCCAAAGGUAAGCUGCCCAUCUUACCUUACUCAAGAAUGAGAGCUGCGGAGAUCCACAGGAGUAAACUAGAUGGCAACCUCACAGAUUUCUCUUUGCCUGAGCUCAAGGCAGACUGCGGAAAGAUGUCCUCUGUCACGGGAACCACCAAAGCAGCCGACAAGAUUGUGGCCCCACUGUCCUGUAAGCAGAACCUCUGUGGAAAUUCCCUCAGUCCAGCCCCCAAGCUCGACUUCCACCACAAAGCCAAGCUGAACGGGGGUCCAACCAAGCAAAGGACAAGAAAGCGCAAAGUCCCUGAUGACAUUUUGGCAUUUCAAGGAAAAAGGAGAAAAGGCCUCGUGAAUAAGUGUCGUGAGAGUAAAGAAAAAGGAAAAAGUGGCCCCCAAGAAUCCAGAGACCACAAAGCAGAGGCUAUGAAAAAAUACCGCAACAUUAUGCCCAAACCUGUGCUCGUUGUGCCAACUCUGGCUGCGCUGACAUCACCCACCACUCUGCUGUCAUCUCCCAUUCCUGGCAGCCCUGGGCAGGACCCUCUGGUAAGUAACUUGCUCACUCCCAAACAUCUGACCACCAAGCAGGAUGGUAGCACCGGCCUCAAGCGCAGCACCGGAUUUCGGAAUGGAUUCUCCUGGCAUAGGUGCCACAUCUGUAACCACCACUUCCAGUUCAAGCAACAUCUCCGAGACCACAUGAACACACACAUGAACCGGCGACUGUACCGAUGUCGGGUUUGUCUCAAGGCCUACGUCCGUUCUGGCAACCUGAGCACACACAUGAAACUGCACCACAGUGAGACCCGCCUAAAGAAACUGGUGUGCUGUGAAUUUUGUGCAAAGGUGUUCGGUCACGUCAGAGUCUAUUUUGGCCACCUUAAAGAGGUGCAUCGUGUGGUAAUCAGCACAGAGCCCUCUGCCAGUGAACCACAGCCAGGGGACCUAGCAAAGAACAGAGACACGAAUAUGCGCGGGCCUGAGGGAUCUGAGGAAAGGGAAAACAAGACCAGCCUGGAAGACCUCCUCCUAAACCAGGCAGAUGAAGUCAAGUUACAAAUCAGGUGUGCGCGCUGUCAGAUCACCGCCCAGUCUUUCGCGGAAAUCAAGUUUCACUUACUCUAUGCUCAUGGAGAGGAGAUUCAGGGCCGGCUGCAGGAAGCCAUCUUACCUGGAGGCCGGGGCACUUCCACUCCAGAAGAACUGGACAAACCCAUGGCUUCCCACUGGAAAUAUCUUGAAAAGAGAAAGCAGGGGAAAGCCACACCCUGUGAGGAGGAACCACAGACGUUUUCCAAGUUGAAAAAGCAGCCCUGUCUUCAGCCCCAGAAUGACAAGGACUUGCUAGUGAAAGAUGCCAGAGCCCAGCCAGGACCCAGGGAGCCUGGGAGAGAUGGCCAGGACCUUGACUGUCCCUCUCCUCGCCCCAGAGCACAGGGGCCCCAUGCUGGCUAUAACUGCAUCCUUUGUGCACAGAGUUGGGGACAGAAAGAAGAAUUGCUCCUGCACUGGGAACAGAGGCACAAUUGUGAGGACCCUCCUAAACUGUGGACGAUUUUAAGCUCACUUUCCACCCAGGGAAUGAUUGAGCUUUCCAAGGAAAUUGAAAAAUGAAAUGCUGGGAAAGAGGCCUUUAGGAGAGUUUGCAUUCUUCUAUUGCUCUCAGAACUUUGUGGUUUUUUUUUUGGUGGUGCUUAAUUAUUAAAAA